UUGUUUAUAAAAUACUUGAGCAUUAUUAUAAAUAAUCUACAUGGAGACUGUAACCCUGCCUCCACAGAAUUUUAACUCUGUUGGUGAGACUGAACAAGGAAAGAAUAAAAAUAAUGAAAACUUACAGAAAUGUAAGGUCACUCUAGAUGCACAAAAUAUGAAAAGUAUUGCAAAAAUUGCUGGAUCAGUUGCUGCCUUAUUUGUCUUCCUUCAAAUUGCUGGCAUCCUGUAUCAAAUUUUUAUCUUAGAGCAAAGAUUACUUUCCUCAGGAGAAAAAGGAGGAUGCUUCUUAAUGAUCUUUUUCAGUGUAUUAAAGAUUGCAUACACUAUGACUCUGGUUUUCUAUCUAUUUAUCCUAUCUCCAGAGAACCUCAGCUUUGUAAAGACCACCACGUUUAUUGUUGGCGCUGUUCAAGCUGGAUUGUCAAUUUAUUUGAUUAUUUCUGAGAACAAGAAAUACAGACACCCAGAUGAUCCAGAUUCCAUAGAAGGUCUUUGGGCUCUUCUCAUGCUUGGUCUUUAUGCACUUGAAUUCCUUGUGUUUGUAGUAAUGAUCGGUAAUUUCUUAGUCAUACUAUUCAAUUCCAAUGAGCCAGAACAGAAAAGAUCAGACACUCAGAAUACUAUUUACUAUUAUGCUCCACAAGAUGCUAGUCAGUCACCUUUAAAGGUCCAGUUGGUAGCCGCACAUGAGAUCCAAGGCUAAUCUCUCUAACACCCUGUCUUGUCUGAUAGUUGAGGUAUUGGAGAAUUCAAUUUUUCUCUUUU